AUGACCUCUCUUUACGAUAACCAAACUAAAGGAGAGGCUCAGUUUCAAGAAUUUCCUUCAGAUUCUUCGAAAGGAAGGCUUUUGUGCUUGAAAGGGGUUAAUGAGCAUGAUGGUUCAUGGAACUACUACGCGCUGGCUUGGCCUGAAGCUCUUCCGGUCAAUGCCGUUCUCCAGGAGAGCUUGACGUUUGUUUCUUAUAAUCAGUACGAUUACGGUAACUUGUGGCAUGGACUAACGGCAGUUGUCCCGUUUGUUUCUUGGAGCCUAAGAAACCAAUGCGAAAAGCCUCAAAAAUGGGUUUUAUACCACUGGGGGGAACUAAGGUUCGGGAUGGGGCAUUGGUUGAGCGAGAUAAUCACAGCGACUUACGGUCAAGAACCGGAGUUUUCACGGUUUGUUGAUGAGGAGAAGCCGGUUUGCUUUGAGAAGGCGGUGGUUAUGAGACACAGUGAACGUGGGAUGUCAAGGGAGAGAAAAAUGGAAGUGUUUGACCUACUUAGAUGCAAAGCGAGAAAUUACUGUAACAUCAGCUCAUUUGAGACAUCAAAACCGCAAAUCGGUAUGACAUUGCUAUUGAGAACCGGAGCCAGAUCUUUCAAAAACGAGUCAACGGUGAUAAAUGUCUUUAAGAGAGAGUGUGAGGGAGUACAAGGGUGUGAAUUAAAUGUUUCUUAUUCUAAUGAUCUAACAUUUUGUGAGCAAGUGGAGCUAAUGAAGAAGACCGAUGUGUUAGUAUCACCACACGGUGCACAACUCACAAACUUGUUUCUAAUGGAUAAAAAUAGUAGUGUGAUGGAGUUUUUCCCCAAAGGAUGGCUUAAGCUUGCAGGAGUUGGUCAACUUGUUUACCAAUGGGGAGCUAAUUGGUCGGGGAUGAGACAUGAAGGCUCUUGGCAUGAUCCGGUCGGGGAAAUAUGUCAGUUUCCUGACACUGAUAGGCGAUGUAUGUUGGUCUACAAGAACGCUAUGAUCGGAUACAAUGAGACUUAUUUUGGAGAACGGGCAAAAAGCGUUUUGGGUAGCCUUAGCCUUAGAAAGAAGCAGGAGAUCGUGGAGUGUAACCAGAAUAUGGUUUGCUAG